GCGUUCGGCGACCACAAUAUCCAGUACCAGUUCCGCACAGAGAAUAAUGGAGGCCAGGUGACAUACCGCGUAGUCCAGGUGACUGACGGUCAGCUGGACGGCCAGGGCGACGCGGCCGGCGCCGUCAGCGUCGUGUCCACAGCUGCCUUCGCGGGGGGGCAACAGGCUGUGACCCAGGUGGGUGUGGACGGGGCAGCCCAGCGCCCCGGCCCGGCCGCUGCCUCUGUACCCCCAGGUCCCGCGGCACCCUUCCCGCUGGCUGUAAUUCAAAAUCCAUUCAGCAAUGGUGGCAGCCCAGCCGCAGAAGCAGUCAGCGGGGAGGCACGGUUUGCAUAUUUCCCAGCAUCCAGUGUGGGAGAUACCACCGCUGUGUCUGUCCAGACCACAGACCAGAGCCUACAGGCCGGAGGCCAGUUCUAUGUCAUGAUGACACCCCAGGAUGUGCUUCAGACAGGAACACAGAGGACAAUUGCACCCCGGACACACCCCUACUCUCCAAAAAUCGAUGGAACCAGAACUCCUCGAGAUGAGAGACGAAGAGCUCAGCACAACGAAGUGGAGCGGAGACGGAGGGACAAGAUCAACAACUGGAUCGUCCAGCUUUCAAAAAUCAUUCCAGAUUGUCAUGCAGACAACAGCAAGACAGGAGCGAGUAAAGGGGGCAUCCUGUCCAAGGCCUGUGAUUACAUCCGGGAGCUACGCCAGACCAACCAGCGAAUGCAGGAGACCUUCAAGGAGGCCGAGCGGCUGCAGAUGGACAAUGAACUCCUGAGGCAGCAGAUUGAGGAGCUGAAGAAUGAAAAUGCCCUGCUUCGAGCUCAGUUGCAGCAGCACAACCUGGAAAUGGUGGGCGAGAGCACCCGGCAGUGAUGCCCACUGGCCUACCCUGCAGCUGCUGCCGGCCUCUGCUGCCCCUCCCCCAGCCCUUAGCACAGAGAGGGAGGUGCCCCUCCCCAAGCUGCGUUUUUUUAUAGUAGAUUUUUAACAAAAACAAGGAGACAUAAUGCAUUUCUGUGGAUACAUUGCCCACUACCCUCCUCCUUGCGAAAAUGAUGCCCACCUGCCCACCUGUCCGCCAGCCUCCCUUCUCAGUCCUCACCAGGAGGAGCAAGGGAGGAGGACAGAGGCCCCGCUGCCCGCUGCCUCCUUGGUCUCUAGGGGUAUUGAGACAGGGUGCUUAUGGGAAGGAGGGAGCUUUGGGGGCGCCUUCCCUGGGGCCUGGACCUGUGCAGGAAGGCCACGUCCCCCGUCCCUCUUGUUUCUGGAUCCCUGCUCCCUCUGGGUGUGUGGGUGUGUGGGUGUGUGUGUGGGUGUGUAUGCGUGUGUGCGUGUGUGUGUGUUUUAAUUUUCUUUAUGGAAAAAUGGACAAAAAAAUAGAGAGAGAGGUAUUUAACUGCAAUAAACUGGCCAGUGUGGCCCCGCCUUGUC